AUGUCUGCGACGCAGUUACUCAAUCCUAAAGCGGAGUCGAGGCGGAGAGCGGAGGCCUUGAAAGUGAACAUCAGCGCUGGUGAAGGCCUGCAGGAUGUGCUGAAAUCCAACUUAGGCCCCUCGGGGACACUGAAGAUGCUGGUGGACGGUGCAGGCGGAAUCAAGCUGACUAAGGAUGGGAAUGUGCUGUUGCGAGAGAUGCAAAUCCAAAAUCCUACGGCCGUCAUGAUUGCCCGGGCUGCGACCGCACAGGAUGACAUCACCGGUGAUGGAACGACAUCUGUUGUCUUGAUGGUAGGAGAGCUCUUGAAGCAGGCAGAUCGACAUAUCUCCGAGGGGCUGCAUCCCCGAGUGAUCACGGAUGGAUAUGAGAUCGCAAAGAAUGAGGCCCUUAAGUUCCUCGACCAGUUCAAGGUUGAGCGGACGAUUGACCGAGAACUGCUGCUGUCCGUUGCUCGUACCUCGCUAAGCACCAAACUCAACCCUGCCCUCGCCGAGAAGCUUACGCCCGACAUCGUCGAUGCUGUUCUCGCUAUCCACCGGGCCCCAGCGAAGCCCGACCUACACAUGGUCGAAAUUAUGGCCAUGCAACAUCGUUCCUCUUCUGAUACUCAGCUCAUCCGUGGCCUUGCUUUAGACCAUGGGGCAAGGCACCCUGACAUGCCCAAGAGAGUGGAGAAUGCUUUCAUUCUGACACUGAAUGUUAGCCUUGAGUACGAAAAGUCGGAGAUCAACUCCGGUUUCUACUAUUCUAGUGCUGAACAGAGAGAUAAGCUGGUGGAAAGUGAGCGUAAAUUCGUGGAUGCCAAACUGCAAAAGAUCGUGGAACUCAAAAAGCAAGUUUGCGGGAACGACCCAAAAAAGAGUUUCGUCGUCAUCAAUCAGAAAGGCAUCGAUCCUCUCAGCUUGGAUGUUCUUGUCAAGAACGGAAUCUUAGCUCUUCGGAGAGCUAAGCGGAGAAACAUGGAGCGUCUCCAGUUGAUUUGCGGGGGUAUCGCACAAAACAGUGUCGAUGAUCUAACGCCUGAUGUCCUUGGCUGGGCUGGGUUGGUCUACGAGCACCAACUUGGGGAAGAGAAGUACACCUUCAUCGAGGAGGUGAAGGAUCCCAAGUCUGUGACCAUCCUUAUUAAGGGACCUAAUCAGCAUACUAUUGCGCAGGUCAAGGAUGCGGUUCGUGAUGGCCUGCGGUCUGUGUACAACACUAUCGUUGAUGGAUGCGUUAUCCCCGGUGCCGGAGCCUUCCAGGCCACUUGUGCUACCCAUCUGUCGUCGGAGAACUUUAAAAAGACCGUCAAGGGAAAGGCUAAAUGGGGUGUCGCUGCCUUUGCAGAUGCCUUGUUGAUCAUCCCCAAGACUCUCGCAGCUAACUCUGGUCACGAUAUCCAGGACUCCUUGGCGCUUAUGGACGAUGAGCUAACAAAUGGUAACAUUGUUGGUUUGGAUCUCAACACGGGCCUGCCGAUGGACCCCGUGCAGGAAGGUGUUUUCGAUUCCUACCGUGUCCUGCGUAACCUGAUCGCGUCAAGCACCGGUAUCGCCUCCAACUUGCUUCUAUGCGAUGAGCUUCUGAAGGCCAGACAAAUGGGCAGGCAAGGCGGGCCUGCUGGCAUGGAUGAGUAA